CUAACUUUCUCACAUACACACAAUAAUAUGACAGCUGAUCUCCUCCGCAUCUCUCUCCACCUCCAACCAAAUUCCACCACCAUAAACCACCACCGCAUUUUGACUCUACCUACCAAUGUUGACUUCAAACGACGUCGUAACCACCUUUUCCGUCAACCACCACCGCCACGUCUCCUUCACAAACACCUCAUCACCGCCACUUCACUCAACCUCACCUCACCGGAAACGCAACAACCUCUCGUCUCCGAUCGCUCGCCGUCGGUCCUCCUCGACGUAACCGGAAUGAUGUGCGGCGCGUGCGUGUCACGCGUCAAGUCAAUUCUGUCAUCCGACGAGCGCGUGGAGUCCGUUGUGGUCAACAUGUUGACCGAAACAGCUGCGGUUAAGUUGAAUGAUGAUUUGAUUGGAGGUCGUGAUGUGGCCGAGGAGUUAGGACGGAAGCUGACGGAAUGCGGAUUUCCGUCCAAGAAGAGAGAGUCAGGAUUAGGAAUUGAGGAAAAAGUGAAAAAAUGGAAAGAAAGUGUAAAAAGAAAAGAAGAGAUGAUGAUUGAGAGUAGGAAUAGAGUUGUUUUUUCUUGGACUUUAGUUGCUUUAUGUUGUGGUUCACAUGCUUCUCAUUUGUUGCAUUCCCUUGGUCUUCAUGUUGCUACUCAUGGUUCUCUCAUGCAGUUACUUCACAACUCCUAUUUUAAAGGCAGUCUAGCUGUUGGUGCUCUGUUGGGACCUGGAAGAGAGUUGCUUUCUGAUGGUCUUAAAGCAUUCUUCAAGAGAUCUCCAAAUAUGAACUCUCUUGUUGGAUUCGGAUCCAUUGCUGCAUUUAUGAUAAGUGCGAUCUCACUUCUUAACCCUGAUCUUGGAUGGGAUGCCACGUUCUUCGAUGAGCCGGUCAUGCUUCUUGGUUUUGUUCUCUUGGGACGUUCGCUCGAAGAAAGGGCAAGACUUCGGGCAUCUAGCGACAUGAAUGAAUUAUUAUCACUUAUAUCAACACGGUCACGACUAGUCAUUUCUUCAUCUGAGAAUAAUGUUUCUGCUGGUAGCAUACUAAGCUCUGAUUCAAUCUGUAUUGAAGUUCCCACGGAUGAUGUUCGAGUUGGAGACUUGGUAUUGGUAUUGCCAGGAGAAACCAUAUCUGUAGAUGGAAAAGUUGUCGCAGGACGAAGUGUUGUGGAUGAGUCCAUGCUUACUGGUGAAUCCCUACCUGUUUUCAAGGAAGAAGGUCUAUUAGUCUCAGCUGGAACAAUAAAUUGGGAUGGUCCACUGAAAAUAGAAGCUUCUUCCACUGGAUCCAACUCAACAAUCACAAAGAUCGUUAAAAUGGUAGAGGAUGCUCAAGGCCGUGAAGCACCUAUACAGAGGCUUGCAGAUUCAAUUGCAGGCCCAUUUGUGUACACUGUUAUGACUUUAUCAGCAGCAACAUUUGCCUUCUGGUACUAUGCUGGGGUACAUGUUUUUCCAGAUGUGCUGCUUAAUGACAUCUCUGGUCCUGAGGGAAAUCCUUUGCUUCUGAGCUUAAAGCUUUCUACAGAUGUCUUGGUCGUCUCGUGCCCAUGUGCACUAGGCCUUGCAACACCAACUGCAAUUCUUGUCGGAACCUCUUUAGGAGCUAAGCAGGGACUUCUGAUCAGGGGAGGAGAUGUGUUGGAACGCUUGGCAAACAUAGACACUAUUACAUUGGACAAGACUGGGACUCUUACAGAAGGAAAACCUGCUGUUUCUGCUGUGGCAUCAUAUAGUCAUGGAGAAGCUGAGAUUCUCCAAUUGGCUGCUGCAGUAGAGAAAACUGCCUCACAUCCAAUUGCGAAGGCUAUCAUAUCUAAAGCCGAGUCAUUAAAUUUAAAUAUUCCAGUCACAAGUAGGCAGUUAGUAGAGCCAGGUUUUGGGACUUUGGCAGAAGUAGAUGGUCAUUUGGUGGCCGUUGGAUCUAUGAAAUGGGUUCAUGAACGUUUCCAGCACAAAAAAAACAUGACAGAUAUAGAAAAUCUGGAGCAAGAGGUGAUGCAAAAAUCAUCUGAAGGUCGUUCAUCAUCGAAUUAUUCACAAACGGUUGUUUUCAUUGGUCGGGAAGGGGAAGGGAUCAUUGGCGCUAUAGGAAUAUCUGAUAAUUUGCGUCACGAUGCUGAGUCUACUGUGAAAAGGCUACAGCAAAGGGGAAUUGAAACAAUCCUGCUAUCAGGAGACAGGGAAGAGGCAGUUGCAAGUGUAGCAAAGACUGUGGGCAUAGGAAGUGAUCUUAUCAAUGCAUCUUUGACUCCACAACAAAAAUCUGGGGCCAUCUCAGAUCUGCAAACCUCUGGCCAUUGUGUUGCAAUGGUUGGAGAUGGAAUCAAUGAUGCACCCUCUUUGGCUUUAGCUGAUGUUGGAAUUGCUUUGCAAGUUGAAGGGCAGGAAAAUGCUGCCUCCAAUGCAGCAUCCAUUAUACUUCUUGGCGACAAACUUUCACAAGUGGUAGAUGCACUUGAUCUUGCAAAAGCAACAAUGUCAAAAGUUCAUCAAAAUUUGUCUUGGGCAGUGGCGUAUAAUGUUGUUGCAAUCCCCAUUGCAGCUGGUGUACUGCUUCCUCAUUUCGAUUUUGCCAUGACACCAUCACUUUCAGGUGGACUGAUGGCGUUUAGCUCAAUAUUUGUUGUCAGCAACUCGCUACUUUUACAAUUUCAUGGGUCUGGCCAAAAAUUGAAAAAGAAAGCCACUAACUUAAGUGAUAAGCGACUUGAAUCUGCUAUUUAACAGCCGAAACUGUUACAGCUGCACUUAGCGAGGUUUGUCUGUCAGUUGAUAAUAUAUCGAUGGACUGCACUAGGUGAAAUGAUUAUUCAGUUAUUAUAACUGUUAUGAUUCAAUGUAACUCUUGUUGAGUUCCGAUUUGAAAAACUUUGUAAUUAGAGCAAGUUAAAUGCCAAGGCGAAGAACGAUGACUUGUACCUUUUUCAUGGUUCAAGCAUGUAUAGAGUACAAACUACAGGAAUGAUGUAUAUGUAGCCACGGCGAUGUUCUAAAUAAUAAUUGAUAAUAGCCUUAUUAUAAGGUGACUGAACAACUAAUAUUUUAUUGAA